GCUGACGGGAGCAGCAGCCACUGGAUUCGUGUGGAAGCCUGUGUGACUGGUCGGACGUGUCUGUGGCCACAUGACAGAAUGCUGUCAGGACUGGCUCUUCUGCUGCUUGUCUGCCUCCACAUGCGUGUGCAGGGGAAGCCGCAGUCACAGAGUCUAGGCUGUGAUGAUUAUCUCGGAUCAGGAAAGGUGAUGGACAAGUGUGGCGUGUGUGGAGGCGACAACACAACCUGCAGGCUUGUCUCUGGAGUGUUUAAACACAGUUUAUCCAAGAUUGGCUACCACAAGAUAGUAGAGAUCCCAGAGGGAGCCACCAAGAUCAAUGUCACAGAAAUGGUGAAGAGCAGAAACUACCUAGCUCUCCGAAGCCGAUCGGGGCGAUCUAUCAUUAAUGGAAACUGGGCUAUUGACCGACCAGGGAAGUAUGAGGGAGGGGGGACCAUGUUCACCUACCGCCGACCCAACGAAAUCAGAAGCACAGCUGGGGAGUCUUUUCUCGCUGAAGGACCCACCAAUGAGAUCUUGGACGUUUAUAUGAUCUUCCAGCAGCCAAACCCCGGUGUCCAUUAUGAGUACAUCAUCCCCUCUGAGAAACCAGCGGGCCCUCAGCAACCAGACCACAGACCAGGGGGGAACACUGUGAAUGGACAGGGUGGAUACGACCACAGCAACACUCACCAAGAAAACCUCAAUCCAGCAGGUGGAGGGUGGCACCCUCCUCGUCGCCCCGACAACCAAGUUCCUGUUGUACAGCCACCCAGACGCGAGAGAGAGUACAACUGGAAACUGGCUGGUACUACAGAGUGUAGCGCCUCCUGUGGUAAAGGAUUCAGAUACUCCGUCUUUCACUGUGUCUCCCGGCUGAACCAUGUUCAGGCAUCAGAUGCUUUGUGUGACAGCAGCAGCAGACCAACUCCGCAGGAGGAGGCCUGUAACACGCAGCCCUGCCCAGCCUUCUGGGACAUUGGAGAGUGGUCAGAGUGCAGUAAGACCUGCGGCCUGGGCAUGCAACACCGGCAGGUCCUGUGUCGCCAGAUUUACGCCAACCGCACCCUAAAUGUCCACACCAGCCGCUGUCGACACUUGGAGCGGCCCGAAAUCGCCAGUACCUGCCAGCUGAAGAUCUGCAGUGAGUGGCAGAUCCGCUCUGAGUGGACCGCUUGUUCAGUGCCAUGUGGGCUGGGUCAAAGGUCACGAGAGGUCCGCUGUGUCAGCAACGUGGGCGACUUUGUUCCUGACGAGGAGUGCAACAUGAAUCUGCGGCCCAUCGAUGUAGAGAACUGUGACAUGGGACCCUGUGCCAAGAGCUGGUUCUAUACUGAAUGGGGCAACAGGUGCUCAGCUGAAUGUGGGAUGGGUGUACGAACCCGAGGAGUCCUCUGCCUGACCAACCAAAUCAGCAGCCUUCCUCUGGAGGGGUGCGGCAACGAACGUCCCGCAGACUCUCAGGUCUGCAACAAUGGCCUCUGUGAGAAUCGCAUCGAGUGGUUCACAGGCCCCUGGAGCCAGUGCACUGCAGAGUGUGGUCCAGGCAGCCAGCAGAGGUCAGUAGUGUGUCUGAUAAGGUCAGAUGAAGGAUUCUCCGUCAUGCCGCCCUAUGAGUGUUCCUCUCUGGAUCGACCCCUCAGUCAGCAGAGCUGCAACCUUAAGACCUGUGGAGCAAAGUGGUACCACACUGACUGGAGUGCUUGUUCAAAAACAUGUGAGGGAGGUUAUCGUGUGCGGGAAGUGCGCUGCCUGUCUGACGACAUGCUGUCCAGCGAGGGCUGCGACGAGCAGCUAAGACCAGCAGAGAGGGAGGACUGCAACCCAGAGCCCUGCAUACCUACUAUAGAUGAGAACUGCAGAGACAAAUACUUUAACUGCAACGUGGUGGUCCAGGCUCGCCUCUGCGUGUAUGAUUACUACAAAAUGACGUGUUGUGCCUCGUGUUCACGAGUGGCCCACAGACAUUCGAUUCAUCAGGGCCAUAGUUAGCACUCUCUUCCAGGGUCCCUCAACUCCAAUGUUGGGCCAGACUCAUUACCUGCUGCAGGCACUCUGUUCCUGGGGCCAGCAAGGGGAGUGAACCAGCUGGACCUUGGCUUAAAUGGACACUUGUUUUGACUGCCAAGGAUGGAAACUGUAGAAAAAGCAUUUCUGUUGGUUCACGUGGAGGCAGCUGGUGGGAAAGAGGAAUACCUAAGAAUAGUGGAGGACAGGGAUCCACUCACUGGACAAACAGAGCCCUGGAGGGGUGACAGAGAUCAGUAGCAAACUGAGGAAGCUACAAAACACUUUAUGGAUUUAAACCACCAAGUCUGAUGUAACGAAUCCAUCUAUUUUUGUUUCAAGCCAAGCAGCUGUCUUUUAUCAUCAUCUGGCUGUUGUGGAUUACAUGAUAUGAAGAGGAGAGCACAGGUAAACUGUUUAAGGCAGACUCUAUAUAGAAAGUAUAUGUGCUCAUAUGGUUUAUUACACUUCAAUGCUCAGAUUUAUGGCAUUAUGUCAUAUGAAGUCCAGUCUCUCACCUAUUAUCAACUAUUUACCACCCACUUUGUUGACCAAAGACAUGUAACCUCAAUUCUCUGGCACAGAUGAGGUUUUUCUGAUUGCCUAAGCAGUGGCAAACCACCUUUCUUCCUUUCUGCACAACCAUGAGGUGUAAAUGCAGCCUGUGUAAUACAUGUGUAUAUAUUUAUGUAUGACAAAAUGAAUGAUAACAGUCAUUUUUAAUGGUUCUCAGACAGUCCUCCCAGCAACUGAAGAGAAAAGGGCCCUCUCUUUAUUUAUUCGAGUGGCUCCCCAAGGAGGUUCCUGGUUUAUCGGCCACCGGUGGCCCCUUUUUGGCUGUGGGGUUGCCUCUCCACCAAUCACAGCCUCUGAACUGAAUGUAGGCAUUCCACAGCCUGCUGGAUGGUAGAAGCAGAUGGUCAAAAAAAAGCCCAACAUAUUUUUUGGAGAGGUGAAACAAACUGCAUAUAUGUUUUUUUUUUCUGUGGGAGAUGAUCAUUCCACAUUUGUGCAAUUCCUGAUAAUUCGCUGAUCAUUAAAUUAUCCUUGCAUUAUUAUUAUCAUUAUUUGAUUGUAAAAAUAAAUCAUGACAGUAUUAACUAUCAAUCUGGCAUAUAUGCAGUUUAAACUAAUAGUACAUCCUUAUUUAUGAGCUAACCUUUCCUGCCAAAUCCACUUUUUUCAGUUUCAUAUACAAUCUGCACACAAUGCCUCUCAAGUUUUCAAUUAUUUUUGUAUUAUAUGUUAUCCUUUCCCUCCAUGCAUCUUACCUCUGAUCUAUAAGUACUGUAUCUGUGUAAGGUUUUUAAGUAUGCGAUUAAUUUGAUCUAUAAGGGUGAAAACACAUCCUGAAUGCCAGCAUGAUGGUAUGAUUCAAUCAAACAAUCAAACAGAGUGGAACUAAAAUACAGCAAUUUUUCAGUAUUCAACUAAUGAAACACCUGUUUUUGCCAUAUUUUACAUUUCUAAUGUU